AUGAACAACGAAACGCACAACCCAGAACAACAAAACCCACAACCCGAGAACGAAACGCACAACCCGAGAACAACAAACGUCACAACCCGAGAACAACGUAAACCCAAACGAAACAACGAAACAGCACAACCCGAGAAAAGAAAACGCACAAACCCGAGAAAAGAAACACAACCGAGAACAACGAAACGCCAACCAAAACAACGAGACAACGCAAAACCGAGAACAACGAAACGCACAACCGAGAAACAACGAAACGGACAACCCGAGAGCAACGAAACGCACAACCCGAGAACACACCCGAGAAGGACGAAACGAAACAACCCGAGACAACGAAACCAACCAGAACACAACGAAAACGCACAACCCGAGAAACAACACAGAACAAACGAAACGCACAACCCGAGACAAACCCGAGAACAACGAAACGACAACCCGAGAACAACGAAACGCACAACCCGAGAACAGCGAAACGCACAACCCGAGAACAACGAAACGCACAACCCAGAAACAAACGGAAACGCACAACCCGAGAACACGAACCAGAAAACGCACAACCCGAGAACAACAAACGCACAACCAGGAGACAACAAACCACAACCCGAUAACAACGAAACGACAACCCGAACAAGAAAGCAAACCCGAGAACAACGAAACGACAACCCGAUAAACAACAAACGCACAACCAAGAACCUAAACGCACAACCUAUAACAACUAAACUCACAACCCUAUAG